AUGGAUCUUCUGUGGACAAGGGUGACAUUGAUUGACAGUUGGGGCGACACUGAUUCAGAUGGAGUAACGAUGACGUUUCGAAAUGAUUUGUUUGAACACGAAAUUCUCGAGGCGGUGCCUUCGGAGCACGUCGUUGGAGGAGCGGUUUUCGUUCCCACCCGGGAGGGUGCGGCAGGGGGCGAGUGGUCGCCGCCAGACACCUGCGGCGUUGCGGCGGGGGAGGCGGUAGGAGAAAACUGAAAAACCAAUCAUAACAAAUAUAUAAGUAAUGUAGUGGCUUCUUUGAAUAUGUGAGUAUUAUU